GAAAUCACAAGAAAAUGUCAGAAAGAGCAUUACAUCGGACAUGCUCAUAGUGGAUACUACAGGCUACUGAGUUUGAUUCUCCCACUUUUGAUUCUCGUAUUUCGUCCAACAGUUAUUCCAAAGUUACUCAGCAGCAUAUAGCCCGAGAAUCGUCCAUGUCUUCGCUUUGAUCGCACCACCCUCCUUCCGCCACAACCCUAACCCUAAUUCUUGUUUUUUUGUUUCAUAUCCUAAGGAAAUGUGCUCUGCUGCUUCAUCUCUUUCCUUCCUCUUCCUUUCCACCAAGGCACGCUCACCUCUACAGCGAAAUAACAGCCCCAUUUUCAACCCUCCUAGACCAUUCCUCUGCUUCCUCCGACCCUCAAUUUCCAGACGCCAAAUCUCCGCUGCAAUCGCUCAGAAUAAUCUUGGGCUUUCGUGGGUUUCUCCAAAUGAGAAUCCUUCCGACAAUUUUGGUGGUUGGGCGUUUGUCGAGUGUCCGGUCCCCCAGAGAAGGAAGAGAGCAUUUCCUUCGUAUGUGGUAGUUGGCAUUGGUACUUCACUGGUUGUUCUGGCUGCCGUCAUCGCUAGCUUUUCAUUAUCGAGGAAAGGUUUUAAGAUUCAAUUUGGAGGCCCAUUGCAAGUUUUGCAUGGAAUUUUGAGCCCUUUGAAAGUUCGGGGGGAUCAAAUCAAAACUGCAGAGUCUGACACAUCUAAUGAGAAGGAUUUGAUGUCGGAGGUGACCGAAGAAACCGUCCCUAUUUCUAUUACAGAAACCGCUACAUCUGCUGUAGACAAGCCAGAGCGUGUUAUAAUUCCUCUGUCUGUCGAUUCUACACAAGAAGAAGCCCUGUCACUCUUGAAGCUGCUGAAGAUAAUUGAAGAUGACGUGGAGGCUCAUGAAUUGUGCACAAGAAGGGAAUUUGCAAGAUGGCUGGUUAAAUUAAAUUCUUUUCUGGAACGAAAUUUAAAACGCAGAAUUGCGCCAGUAGUUACAAUCUCUGGGUCAUUGGUUACUGCUUUUGAUGAUAUCAGGGUUGAAGACCCAGAUUUUGCGGCCAUUCAAGCCUUAGCAGAAGCUGGUGUUAUCCCUAGCAAAUUAUCUUCAAACAGUUGGUUCAAUGCUGGUGGAUUUGAAGGUCAAGAGAACAUGAAAUUCUUUCCUGAUAGAUUCAUUUCACGACAAGAUUUAGUGGACUGGAGAGCGCAAUUUGAGUAUGAAUUUUCCCCUGAAGUACUUGAUCAGAUAUCAACUAAAAAAGUGAGCUUUAUGGAUGUGAAGGAGAUCGGUUCUCAUGUGUCCCCAGCACUUUAUGUGGACAUGUUGGCAGGGGAUAGGAGCUUGCUCAGAAAAGUUUUUGGACAGAGCAAGCGAUUUCAGCCAAACAAGCCUUCAACAAAAGCACAGGCAGCUGUGGCUUUGACAAGUGGCAGUGUGAAGGAAGCAAUUUUUUCUGAAUUGUCAAGAAUAGAAUCUGAGAAUUCUGCUAGACAAGCUGAGGCAGAAGAGAUAAGGUCUGAGUUGCUUGGAAGAGGAGACAUACAGAAGUUUUGGGAUGAGAAGUUUAAUGAAGAAAAAUUCCGUGGUUCUGAAGUAGAGAAGCAUUAUCAUGCUGCAUUAAAGAAUUUGGAAGAAGAGAAAGUUAAUUUAGAUAGGACAUAUGCUGAUUAUUUAAAAGAGAAGGCAGCAAUGGAUUGUCAGAGGCAGCUGCUACUUAGUGUAAAGGAAGAGGUUGAUGAAAUAUCGGAAACACUUUCAUCAGAGAGGGUUACCUAUCUAGAUGAAAAGCAUGUUGUACAGCAGUCGCUCAAAGAUCUGGAGUCCAAGCAUGAAGAAAUGCUUGAUAAAAAAUCUACACUGGAAGCUGAGAAAGAAGCUCUUCAGAUUAUGCGGUGGCAAGAUGAUGUUUGAAAUGUGCGAAAUUGCAUGGGCAACUGCAUCCACUUUUAACAUAAUCAAGUAAAUAAUUUAGAUAUUUGUGGCUGUGAAGUUGAGCAUUAUUUGACCACUAGGUUGUUGCCUUCUAAAGUUUGCAACGAUGCCUUUUAUAUAUUGGUAUAGAUGAGAUGUGCAGUGUGCUGGCAGAAGAGCUAAUCAACCUUGUUAAGUGUAACAAGAUUUAUAUUUUUUAUUAUAUUCGGAGGUGAAUGUGAAUCUCAUUGGAGCAAUUAUUGCAGAUCUUGGGUGGAGGACGAGGCAAGAAGAAGCCAAGCUCGAGCAGCGGUUCUAGAGGAGGUAGGGCGAAGAUGGAGAGGGACAACGAAGCUUGAAUAGGCAAGUUCUAUGGGUGUAAAUUUAUCCUGUUCUGGUUGAUUUAGAAAAAUUCCUUAGCUCCAGUCUUGAUGCGGAUUCUCUGAACAUUUAUUGUACACUGGUGUUAAUUGUAAACGAUAAUAAUGUACAAUUGUUUGGGAGGGUUUUGGCUUUGGCUAUGGCCAUGAUUCAGGUUCCGAUCGGGAAGUCAUCUUAAAGCUUUUUUCUCAAGUCUUGACUAAACUAUUUCAUAAUCUAGCAAUAUUCAAUA